AUGGCAGCCCUCCCUUCCAGAGGCCCGCUCAUGGCUACUCGUGACUACUACACUACACACCUGCGACACCUAGGCUCCUCCUCCAGCAACAGCUCCUGUGGAAGUACGGAGGACUGGGGGAUACUGCGCCCCACUCCUGGGUCUCCUCCCUCCCAUUCAUGGCCACAGUGCUGGAAUCUGCUGAGCACUCUGAAGAAUCCCUCUAGGCCCCCAGAAACCCUGUCAUUGGUGACCUGGCUCCUGAAAGGAGGAAGAAGCAACCAGUCAAUCAUCCUGGCCUGGCUAAUACCAGCCCCCCUGUGCUGA